AUGCAAGCCCCCAAGACUAAAGUGGAGUUGCAACAACACAAAGCAAAACUCGCCAAUUCCUAUUCAGAAUUACUCGAACAAUUCUCCUCGAAAGACCUCAAAACUGUUGGAAACUAUAGCCUUGGAAAACUCAUUGGGAAAGGCUCCUUCGGCAAGGUCUAUCUUGCCCGUCACAAUCUCACCAAUGGUUCAAAGGUGGUGCUCAAGGCGUCGGACAAGGAUGAUGGAAACCUCGCAAGGGAAAUCCACCAUCAUCGACAGUUUAUACACCCCCAUAUUGCGCGAUUAUACGAAGUUAUAAUAACCGAGACCCUUGUGUGGUUAGUUUUGGAAUACUGUCCUGGGGACGAGCUAUUCAACUACUUGUGCAAGAAUGGACCGCUUCCAGUCGAAACAGUCCAGAAGAUCUUCACUCAGCUGGUCGGUGCUGUUGCGUAUAUCCACAGUAAAUCGUGUGUCCACCGAGAUCUGAAACUGGAGAACGUUCUGCUCGAUAAACACAACAACGUCAAGUUAUGCGACUUUGGCUUCACCAGGGAAUAUGAGGGCAAGUCGAAUUAUCUCCAGACAUUUUGCGGAACAAUUUGCUACAGCGCGCCGGAGAUGCUGAGAGGUGAGAAGUACGCUGGCGAGAAGGUCGAUGUCUGGAGUCUUGGUAUUAUCCUCUACGCGCUUUUGAAGGGCGAAUUACCAUUUGACGAAGAAGAUGAUGCGGCGAGCAAAGCAAAGAUUCUAAAGGACGACCCAGUCUACCCAGACACAUUUCCCGAAGCGGCCAAGACAUUAAUAUCAAAACUCCUGUCGAAAAGGCCAUUACAUAGACCGACUCUUGCGGACAUCCUUGUGGAUCCGUUCCUGGCUGAACAUGCCCCUCAUCAGCAAGCUAUCUUGAAGCUCUCCCAGCCGGCUGCAUUCACAACACAGUUGGAGAAAGACACGCUGGAACGAAUGAGAGCCGUUGGCGUCGAUAUCGACAAGGUCAUUGAAAACGUCCUUUCGCAGAGAUGCGAUUCGUUGUCGGGCUGGUGGGCGCUACUGAUAGAGAAAGAAAACAGGAAGCAAGCAAGACGAGAUCGAAGGCGGAAGGAGCAGGAGGCCGAGUUGAAGAUUCUCAGGCGUCUAAGUGGCGCAAGUGCUCGUCUGGAAAGAAUUGCGCCAACUCUGACGGAGGUCGAUGAGGAACCAUCUCCGGAUGGCGAACGACGUCGAAGCGGUAGCCGAGGGAGAACGCGCAGGAUCAGUACACCUCAGAUUCUCAUCAGCGAUUUGCCGCGACUACCAGAAGGAGAUGUUAUCCAGUCGCCCAACUCUGUGCAGACUACGCCGCCGCCGCCACCGAUUGAGAAGGACUCAGUACGCUCACAUAGUGGUUCUCGACCUCCUCCCCCACCCAAGGAACGAAGUCGCCGGAGCAGUACACUUCAGAUCGUCUCAACUAAUCCAGAUGUUCUCGGACCUGUCAACGGGAUCAAGAAGCGACGGGAUGGGAAGCCUCGCAAUCGACAGUUCUUCAACCAGCUUACGGCAUUGAAACAUUGGUUCGUCGAGUCUACGAAACGAGCCAAAUCGCCCAGUGAUCUCCAUUCCAAAGACCACAAACUCCUCAACGGUCAUGCGAAUAUGUCAACGACAUCACACACGCACAAUGCUCAAAUAGACAGAAGCAGCAAAGGUUAUCUUUACGCCGCUAAUUCACGCAGGUCAUCGUACGGAUCCGCAUUGACGCCCGUCGUUUCCAACUCGAACCAGGUCGUGGCGAUAAAAGCGCCCCGCGUCGAUAACACUGCUCUCAACAAAGCUCACCGCAACUCGGUCUCGCCGGCACCCCUUACGCCUCGAUCCUCUUAUCACCUCCGCGGUCGGAAGUCUACAUCCUCAUCAGUCUCUUCCGUUCGAAGUAUGCCGCGGCACGCCUCCCACAGCAAAGCGUCGUCGCAGAGCUCAAAUAGCCUCGACACAAUACACAGUCCAGGCACGCGGAGUGCCGCGAGGUCACCUCACCCUUCGGUCAAAGUCCUUCCCAAUACCCCGCCAGUGAGCCAACCUAGGCCGCUAUCCGGCACGAACAUUAACGAUCAAAGCACGACGACCGGGCCGUUCGCCUCUGGCCUCAUGUUCGCCAAGCGGAAACGCUCGCCGUUCAAGGGUCCGAUGCUGAAUCCCGCGUUUUUUUCGGGGGGAAGUGUGCCAGCGGCAUUUGGAAGUCCGGCGAUCAUGGCGGGAAGACACCGUGAAGGAUCGGAUGGUAAAACGAAUCGUGCUUUGAGGGACGUUGUUGGACGAAGAGGUAGUGGGAAGAGGAAAUCUCUGAUCAUUGAGGAGGAGGAGGAAGAUGGCGAGGGAACGCUCCGGGAAGAGGAUGAAGAGGAGGACAUUGAAGAGGUUGAGACGUUCCCUGCGAUCGAGUUGAAUAAGGGGGAGAAGGUGGAGAGUAUUACGAUAUGGAAUGAGGGCGUCGAGGAUGCGGAUGGUACGGAAUCGCCGAUGACGGUUCGUCCGUGA